AUGUUGAGAGUUGAGAACAUGAAUAAAAUGAAGACAGAAUUUUGCAACGAACUACUCUCAAAAGGGGCACAAUGCGACUUUAUUUCAGUGACCUGCGAUAAAUCUGGACAGGGCUUGUUGGAGCAAUGUGAAGAGUUCAAGUGCGACAUGAUUGUUAUCGGAAGCCGCGGUCUUGGUGCCAUAAAACGCACCCUAUUGGGUAGCGUCAGCGACUAUGUAUCACAUAACGCCUCAGUUGCCGUCUGUAUCGUGCCUCCUCCAACUUGA